GCGCAUAGCAACAGGUCACCCACACUGCCUCUACGCAACAUUAGCAUUCAGUGGCGACUGGGAUAGAACGUAACCCACCUGACAGAAAUGGGGUGCUGACGUCCCCGUCUGACCUCAUAUUUUUGAGCUGGUUUUCCUCAUGUCCUUCAACUGAGCCUCAAGAUAAGCUUGCUAAUCUCAGGCAGAUGGUCGCCAUGUGAGAAGAUGCUGCACCACCAUGGCAUGUAUGCUGUGGAGUGUGUUCACAUGGACUUUCAAAGGGAUACUGUGCACCUGCAGGUUCCUUUGGAUUUGCCCAUACAAUGCAGUCCGGUUUCUACCAAAGGAAAAUCACACAAUUGUGGAAAAAGACUGUCAUCAUAAACAAUCUAUAGGUUCUGACAGCAAGAUGGUGGCCGCCAUACCGGGCUGCCCUGACCGCACUGCAACCCUUCAGAAGCGACUGACCAAAACCGAGCAAGACAUCCUGUCGCUCAAAACCAGGAUCGCCUGCGAGAGAGCAUCAUGGGAAAGGAGGUUUGCGGAGCUGCAAAGGAAACAGGAAGAGCUAUGCAAUCAUGUCAUCUUUGACACAGGAGCCCUGAUGAGAGUACAACCAAUAGUGGACAAUGGAGACAUAUUGGACGAGUCUUCCAGCAAAUGCAAGUUCAAAUAUGGCACUCCUUUACUCUCCGAUCAGGUCCUUUUGUCACUAUCAUUGGUGUGUCUUCUCAAAUUAGCCUUCAAUGUCUCUCGGCUGAUGCUCCAUGACAGAGGGUCUGAUGGUACAUCACAGGGAAGCCACUUAUAUUUGUCAACAGCAUCAAGCGCCACCUCAUCCUGUUCUUCAGCAUCAAGUGUAAGAUCAGGAAGAUCUUUAGGACCGCACCGAGUUUUCGUCCCCCACUCUCCCAUGGAUCUGCAGCUGGGUCACCGUGUCAGAAUUAUGCUGCCUUCAGGGCGAAUCAGCACAGGUAGCGUUCGCUUCCUGGGUCACCUGCAGGGGGAGUCAGAACUCCACAUUGGCGUGGAGCUGCAGGCGCCUGAUCACGGCGUGCGGGACGGCCACCAUAAGGGACACUGCUACUUUGACUGCAAACCCGGCCAUGGUGCCUUUGUACCUUUCCAUAAGCUACUGAUGGCCUGGGAAUGACACUGAAACAGCGUGUGGAGACACCCUGGACAGAGCAGUAUUGAUUUAUUUGAAAAGCAAUACAGCUUGGAUUUAAAUCAAUCAUCAAACUCGCAGUUUUUGCAAUUAAAAACUACAAAUCCUCAUAGAAUAAGAAGUUGUAAAAGGAAUUGUGUGAGGCUUUGGAUCUUUGUAUCUUAAAAAAUGCUCUUUUUUUUGCCUUGAAUAACAUAUUUAAGAUUGUAGUCUGAAGGUGUUUCUGAGUUAUUUCAAAGGCAACAUUAUUGAAUUGAAAUAUUUAUAUGUAUUUAUUAUCACAACAUUUCCCUCUGCUGUAUGUAUAUUGUGUAAUAUAUUGUGUAAUUCCUGCAAAAGGAAUUGUGUGAGGCUUUGGAUCUUCGCAUCUUAAAAGAAACGCUCUUUUUUUUGCCUUGAAUAACAUAUUUAAGAUUGUAGUCUGAAGGUGUUUCUGAGUUAUUUCAAAGGCAACAUUAUUGAAUUGAAUUAUUUAUAUUUAUUUAUUGUCACAACAUUUCCAUCUGCUGUAUGUAUAUUGUGUAAUUCACAGCCAAAUAGACCGAUGUUUUACUAACCAAAAAGUCCCAUGAGCAACUGAAGCAUCAUAAUGGUUACACAUUAAUUCAUUAAAUAUAGAAAUGUCAUAUAUAUUUGCAUACG